AGGAGCAUAUCUUGUAAUUGAAAUGAGAAAAUCUAUCAUAUGAGUCAAGAUUGUUGGCUAAACCUUUAUAUCAUCGUCCCCUUUCUAUAUCUGGAAAAGCCGAAAGAUCAGAGGAUAUGUCUAUCACCUUGUUGCUUCAGUUAAUCAUCUCCUUACUAUGCCUAAAAGAAGCUUCAGCAUCUCCAUCUUUGGCAAAGCAAGGCUGUGUAGCUCACUGUGGCGAUGUUUCCAUUCCCUACCCGUUUGGCAUCGGGACAGGUUGCUACUUCAACGAUUAUUUCUCAAUCAACUGCAACGAUUCUUCUACUCCUCCGAAGCCCUUCUUGAAUCACUCUAAACUCAACCUGGAGCUGCUCAAUGUAUCGCUGGAAUACAAAACAGUGAUGGUAAACAGUCCCAUAACCCCCCUAUGUGGAGGUAAUGGAACAUGGAGAACCACUGAUGUCGGUGGAAGGCCCUUCCGUUUCUCCAGGGUUCAUAACAUAUUCAUGGUGGUGGGAUGUGACACCAACGCUGUCCUCAUGACCGAUGAUCAAGAAGAAAUCUUAGCGGGUUGCACAUCCAAUUGUAAUAGCGGUAUUACUAGUACUGGUACAGGUUGCUAUGGCAUCCAGUGUUGCCAAACCACAAUUCCGUACAGUAAUCAAUCCACUCAUCUUGGUAUGUACCAAGUGAAAUAUAUCAAGACAAGUGGGGAUUGCUCAUAUGCCUUCUUGGGCGUUAGGGACUGGUUCGCCAACAACAUCUCCAAUCCAGCUAUUAGUACCAAUUCCGGCUAUGCUCCGUUGGUCAUGUUCUGGGAGAUGGAAACUGGCUCAUUAGGACGCUGUUACAGUCUAAAUCUUGACUGGCAGUCUGAAACAGCUAUCGAUAGUUGCAGCUGUGUGAAUAGAUACGAAGGGAACCCUUAUCUUCCCAAUGGAUGUCAAGUGGUCGAAGCUUGUGCCAACUGCAGCAUUCUCGACUGUGGCAUGAUAGGGGCUGAAUAUCAUUGCUUUCCCAGCAACAGAAGGGCGAAGGAGCUAAAAGCUAUGAUUUUAGGUCUUGGUAUAGGUGGAGGGUCAUUGCUUCUACUCGUUGGAAGUUUUGGACUAUACAAAGGAGUCAAAAAGAGAAGGGAAAUCAUUCGCAAACAAAAAUUCUUUAAACGAAAUGGCGGUCUAUUAUUACAACAACAGUUAUCUUCUAUUGAAACUAUUGAAAAAACAAAAAUUUUCACAUUUAAGGAGUUAGAAAUGGCAACUGACAACUUCAACAAGAGUCGAAUUCUUGGUCAAGGAGGUCAAGGUACAGUUUAUAAAGGAAUGUUAAAUGAUGGAAGAAUUAUAGCAGUUAAAAGAUCAAAAAUAAUAUAUGAAAGUCAACUGGAGCAAUUCAUCAAUGAGAUUAUGAUUCUUUCUCAAAUCAACCAUAGAAAUAUACUUGGGUUGUUAGGAUGUUGUUUAGAGACAGAAGUACCUCUAUUAGUUUAUGAGUUCAUCUCCAAUGGAACUUUAUUUCAACUUAUCCAUGAUCAAAACAAUGAGUUCCCAUUCUCAUGGCAUAUGCGUUUGCAAAUUGCUUCAGAGGCAGCAGGAGCUCUUGCUUACUUGCAUUCAUCAUCUUCCAUGCCCAUUUAUCAUAGAGACAUCAAGUCAACUAAUAUUCUUAUAGAUGAGAAGUAUAGAGCAAAGGUUUCAGAUUUUGGUACAUCAAGGUCCAUUUCCAUUGAGCAAACUCAUUUAACUACUCACGUGAAAGGGACUUUUGGUUACUUCGAUCCGGAAUAUUUUCAAUCAGGUCGAUUCACUGAGAAGAGUGAUGUAUACAGUUUUGGAGUUGUUUUGGUUGAACUUUUAACAGGGAAAAAACCUGUUUCUUGGACAACUCUUGAAGAAGAAAAGAGUUUGGUGGCACGAUUUAUUUUAUCAUUGGAGAAGGAGAGUCAUCUAUAUGAUAUUCUUGAUGAUCGAGUUAGGAAAGAAGGAGAGAAAGAGAGGAUAAUUGCAGUAGCCAACCUUGCAAAGCGGUGCUUGAACUUGAAUGGCAAGAAAAGGCCGACAAUGAAAGAAGUAACAUUUGAGUUAGAGUAUAUUAGAAUGUCUUCUUUGCCUAUAAAUUCUCAACAAUAUAUUCUUAAUGAGGAUGAAUACGGUAUUGGGGAAAGAAUGAGGCCCUUGGAUAGUGCUACAACUUCUAUUUCAAUAGCCUCAAAUUUGAGUUAUAGGAAAUCAUAUUCCUCAUCAUCUAAUGUUCAACCAUAAUGUAAAACAUAAGAUGAUUAAUAAGCUAUGUACAAUUUUUUA